CGUAUUUCGGACUUGGGACCAUGGAUCCGAGCGCAUCUACUCCGCCGCUGCUUCGUCCAAAGUUCAGCCUGUUUUAGAGUCUAUAGACUCACCGCUCCUCCUUUUUCCUGCCAGUCUCAUUUCGAUAUACCUUGCAAGACGCUCAUGCUGAUAUGGCAAGUUAGAUUUCGACACCCUGCGGUUCAAUACUGUGGGCUAAGCUCUACAGCUGCGUGGAGAUCGAGCAUUGCUUACACAGAACCAUCAAUGUCCGCUUUUAUACUUUCCCUGCCAGAGAAGGAGAACCAGCCCUUACUAUUACGGCCGAUGUUUGAGAACACCAAACAGAAGAGCGAACGAGACAGGACUCUAGGAACGCCGAGUGGAUUGCGCCGCAAUUUCUUGGAACAUACAACGCAUUGCUACAGCGCAAUUGUGCAAUGUAUUCUAAAUUCCCAUGCUCGAACUAACAUGAAUUUUUCGCGUCAUUUGCAUGUUUCCUACACUGGGUGCUUCGACUCUGUUUAUCGUUGUCUAUUCCCGUCUGUAUGGGGCGCCAAUUAAUAGUGCCCGCCUUCACUUCAAGAAUCCCAGCACGUCGCGAGUCGCGACGCACGUAAGGACGGAGCACAUGCAUGUAAGUAACGCGAAAGACCGAUUCCAUCGCAUCCGAACUGUCGGGUCGCUUCUCCGUCACGAUAACAUAAGGAGCCGCGGGGACAGCCAAAGGCCCAUCCUUUUCUUGCCCAAACCCAGCACCGUGGUUCAGCCUCCUCAGGGAGCCGUUCACUCGGGGCAUCAACGGUCAACAAGAUCGGGAUCCAAAGUGGGAGGGGUCCGCCUUAGCCGUCAUUUAGGGGCGCGCGCCACAUACAGUAGUCAACUCAACUCCCUAUUGUUGACGGGAGGCUCUGUGGGCCCGAACCAGACGAAGAUCGAAUGUUCGGCUUGCGUCCGUGGCGCAGGAAAAGGGUCAAUGCAAUCUACUUCGCAAAGUGUCCAACAAAGAAAGAGGGGAAUGGAAGUUGACUCUGACCCGCGUACAUGCGCAGGAGUGAAGGUGUUGAGUAAAGGAGCACCCGGAGUUGUGGCCGUUUUUGCCAGAGAGGGAGCUGACCCAGUCGCACGGUUUUACUACCGAGGGAUCAACCUAAUCGACUCAUGCGAGUCCGGCUAAGCCCCGGCGAGGAAUUUUCCUUCUCUUUGAUUCGACAGGCUCUAUAAGGUGUGAUCUGAUAUCUUCUGACAGGGGGCGCCUCCACGCAUAGUUACCCUAGGUGGGUAGGUCAGUACGACAUUCCCACUCGAGCAGCGGUGCCGGCAGCCAAAUGAUAGU